CUGGCCAGAGCGAGUUCUUUCCUUUCGGCGCUGCGGCCGCAGCCAUGAGUAUGCUCAGGCUUCAGAAGAGGCUUGCCUCCAGUGUCCUCCGCUGUGGCAAAAAGAAGGUCUGGUUGGAUCCCAAUGAGACAAAUGAAAUCGCCAAUGCCAACUCCCGUCAGCAGAUCCGGAAACUGAUCAAAGAUGGGCUGAUCAUCCGGAAACCUGUGACUGUCCAUUCCCGGGCUCGAUGCCGGAAAAACACUUUGGCCCGCCGGAAGGGCAGACAUAUGGGCAUUGGUAAGAGAAAGGGUACUGCCAAUGCCCGAAUGCCUGAGAAGGUAACCUGGAUGAGGAGGAUGAGGAUUCUGCGCCGGCUGCUUAGAAGAUACCGUGAAUCUAAGAAGAUUGACCGCCACAUGUAUCACAGCUUGUACCUGAAAGUGAAGGGUAAUGUGUUCAAAAACAAGCGGAUUCUCAUGGAGCACAUCCACAAGCUGAAGGCAGACAAGGCUCGCAAGAAGCUUCUGGCUGACCAGGCUGAGGCCCGCAGAUCUAAGACCAAGGAAGCACGCAAGCGCCGUGAAGAGAGGCUCCAGGCCAAGAAGGAGGAAAUCAUCAAGACUCUGUCCAAGGAGGAAGAGACCAAGAAAUAAAAUCUCCUCUCUGUUGUCUGUACAUAGUGACUUUGGCAGCAACACAGAUCAGUUCUUGAAUAAAACAAAUCUUUACCUGUCA